GGGAUUGAACCCGGGCCAUACCAGUGACCCAGGCCGCUGUGGUGACAGUGCCGGAUCCUUAACCCACACGCCACAAGGGAACUCCCCGACUCUUCUCUACCACCUCCUUUUCUGUCUCCAUUCCCAUCUUCCCAUCAUCUCUGGGUCAGUAGCUCUCUUUCUGUCCCUGUCUCUCACUCACUGUCUCUCACCCCUUCUUUUAUCUAUUUCUUUCUCAUUCAUCAACGUUCUUUCCACACCCCUGUCCUUUUUGCUAAGUAUUUCCCUGUGGGUCCCUCCUCCGCCCACCCCCAUACCCAGGUGGAAGUUUUCAGCCAAAUCAAAGGCAGGCAGGCCAGAAGAAGCCGAAAGGGACUCCUUCAGCACAUACCGGGAGGGAGGCCGAGCGGGGGGAUGUCUGGAAAUCGUUACCCACCCCCUCACCACCCCCAUCCGCCGCCGCCGAGGUGGGCUGAACUGGCAGAGGGAGGAGGUGGCCCAGAGCACUGGGACCCUAUAGAAAAGGGGGAUGUUUCUGGUGGAUUCCCUGAUGUUCUGGGUGACUCCGCCCUUCCUCACACUCUCUUCCUUUAUUUCUGGGUCUCUGUCUCCCCUAUCCUUGGGGGGGGGGGGUUCUCUGUAUCUCAAACUCUCUAUACUCUGAGUUUCUAUUUUUCCCUGCCCUCCCCCCUUCCUGCUGUCCUCUUCCUCUAGCCACCCCCCCCCACCCCGUCUCGCUUUUUCUCUGAGUUUUUGUGCCUCUUUUGAGGUCUCUACUCAUUCGUCUCUCAAAGUCCCAGUCCCUCAGUGCCUGGAUCUCUUUCUCACUAGAGUGAGAUCUAGCCAUCCACAUGCCUGCAGGCCCUGCAAUUGGCUAGGCUCCGUGUGGGCGGGUUCUGUCACCCCGGGCAACGGCAACAACAAGCCGGCUUGUCCUAGGCUCUGGGGCGGGGCUGGGACCAUGGCGGGUCGGACCCUAGCUCUGCGCUAUGGUCCUCCGCAGUCCCCCGUCUCCGAGACCGAGGUGUCUGGAUCCUGGCCCAACUGGCAUCUCACCAGCAGUGGCGUCGCCCACCACUUCAUCCCGCCUGUGCCCUUUCCCCCGCCCACUGUGCAGUGCACGGUCACAGAGCCCCUGCCCCCGGCCCCAAAACAGGAUUUGCAUAUCUGGGCUUUCGACGAGGUCAUCAGCAGAUGGGAGACAACCUCGGGCUCAGCUUACACGCCCAAGACCCUCGGCGGGCCAUACGCGCAGCCGAAGGCCCCAGAACCUGCGGACCCCACGCGGGCUGUGGGGAUCAAGGAUUUGGGGGAAAAACUCAGACACCAGGGCUGGCGCCUCCCUCGGAUCACAAAGCACCAGUGCAGUGAGGCCAGGGCGCAGUACACCGGCUGGCCCGGCCUGGACGGGCCUACAACCUUCCAUAUCGGGCCCCAGCCCCCAGAGCUUGCGGACCACCACCGCGGGGGCCCUUCCCAGGCUCUCAUCCCCUGGACGAAGAACCCCGAGCUGAGCGGCCGGCCUUUCGCAGCAUCUGAUCAGGGCAUCCUGGACUGCCAUCAGCUCUAUAUGACCACUUCCGCUCGGGACUUCCGAACCUACUCGAAGAAGGAGUUGUCAGGAUACCCUCGCAAGGACUCGCUGACCUACUGGAGCUUCAAGGAGACGCCCCAGGCCUGGGGCCACGGCCCAAAGCAGCCGUCCUAUCCGUAUUCCUCUUGGCCACCCGGGCCGCCGAAAACCCGCGUGCCCCGCGCCCGCCCAGUGAUGCCCGCCGUGCCGCACCGCGGGGCGCAGUCUCUGGCUCAGGAAUCCUACGGCCCCCCGCUGCACCCACUCCGCCGGCUCGACCGUUUCUGCCCGCUGAAGCUCCCUUGGGGAGGCCCCCACUGCAAGCCCGUGUCAGGCAUUUACACCGUGCCGCAAGCCUACGGCACCGAGAACUCCAACUACGGCAGCUUGAAGCCGGCGCUCGUCUGAGCGGGCGGGGCCGGC